ACAAUAACCUGGAAGUGAUUCUAUUUUCUGCCUGUUUCUGUUUUUCCCCUCUAAAUUUCUUCUUACCAUUAGAAAGAGUAUAUUUUGGUUUGGUUUGUGUUGCAAGAAUGAUAAAGUAAUUGCAAAGUCAGAGAUCAAGCAUGCUGAUUGAAUAAUCUGAUUUAUUGUGCUCAUGCAAUGCAAUAGAAUUAGCUAUACCUACUCCGUUGUUAUUGUCCUGGGAAAGAUACUUUGACUAUGCUGUUUUGACUUCUCAUCUUCCUGAGAGAUAACCAAUUGGAUACUGGACAACAAAAGGAGUAAUCAGACUCCACUGACCUGUUUAACCCUGAUUGUGAAGGAUGAAAAGUAGCAGCUGCUUUCUGUGGAACAGAGCUUCUGGUGGCACUUGCUUCUUCCCUUUGGGAUGAUAUUGGCAUAAAAACAUCAAGGUAUUGAACUCAUAAUAUUGUGAGUUUAUACAUGCCAGACUUUGUUCCAUCACCUUUUGAAGCAGCAGCUUUGGUAAAGCACUGCUGUCAUGGCUGAACAAAGGCAACGUGCUUUGUCAACAUCAGGUGAAGCAUUAUAUGAAAUCCUGGCUCUAGAGAAGGGAGCAACACAUGAUGAGAUUAAGAAGUCCUACAGAAAACUGGCUCUGAAAUAUCAUCCUGACAAGAAUCCAGACAAUCCAGAGGCUGCAGAAAAAUUUAAAGAGAUCAACAGUGCUCAUGCAACCCUGACUGAUCUCUCCAAGCGAAACAUAUAUGACAAGUAUGGAUCAUUAGGGCUCUAUGUGGCAGAACAGUUUGGUGAGGAAAAUGUUAACACCUACUUCAUGCUCUCAAGCUGGUGGGCAAAGGGCCUGUUUGCAGUCUGUGGUUUGCUGACUGGCUGCUACCUCUGCUGCUGCCUCUGCUGCUGCUUCAACUGCUGCUGUGGAAAGUGUAGACCCAAGGCACCCGAGGGGGAACAGCAGGAGUUUUGUAUGUCUCCAGAAGACUUGGAAGAGCAAAUUAAGAACGACAUGGAAAGAGAUGGAGAAACUCCUAUUACGCUCCAGCCGACCAAUGUAACUGAGAAGACACAGCUGAUUGGGGACAGCCAUCGGAGCUAUCACACAGAGUCCUAGAGCAGGCCAGAGACCUGCUGGUGCUUCUCACUGAGUCUCACUGUGAGAAAAACAUGUGAUAAGUUCUGCAGCCUGUGUUCAUACUCGUCUUUGAGUUAAUCAAGAGUAACCUGAGAGUAAUUUCCUACCAAGGUAAAAUCUCCCCCUAUUCUUCUUCCAAUAGGUUGAUACCUGCACUGUGUGGAGACACCUACAGCCUGUACAGAGCAUGCUGGUCUCUCACAGCUUCAAAUUGUCUUUCCCUCUAAUAAUAUUCCCUUUGGUAUAGCUGGUCUUGUCCCUGCCCUCAUCUGUAGUUUCACCUCCCAGACACAGUCUUGAGUCCCUUUGUGGGCACACUGGCUGUCUCUCCCUGCCCUAGGAACUUUCCUUGUAUGCCGCAGCUUUGCUGGAUGUGAAACAUUCCUGUGAAGAAGCCCAGAAGAGCUCUUCAGCAGGUCUCGGGAGAAAGUUGGUGGCAAGACAGAGAAGAAGUGCUCUUUGGAGGGCAGCUAGUGGCUUGCUGGGAUCCAGCUCUGGCAAUUAUAAAUUAUAAAUCCUGAGCCAAGACAAAGUGCUCGGAGAUUUUUCUGAUGGUUGUUACACUACAGGACACUCCAAAUCCAGAAGCCUUAUCCAGAACCACACAUAGGCUCUGUAUAUUCCCCUGCAAAAGCUGCAAACCCAUGAGACAGUGGGCAAAGACCACAGGGAGUAGAAGGCUAGCCCUGGGCUGUCCCAGAUCCUCUCCUCCUCCCACAGGCCCGUGGCAAAGCUCCUCCUUUUGGUUCCCAGCCAACAGCUUUCUGCCAGCUGGCUCAUUACACCAUGCCCUUGGCUUGUGGCCCUACUGCCCUGCUGGCACUGGGCUGGGAGCCACCACACCAGCGCAGGGGCUGUGGGAGCAGCAAGGACUUGGCAGGGAAAGCAAGCAGCAAAGGAGUGACUGUCCUCAUCACCAUCUCAUUGGGGUAAGACUGAAACCUCCCUUCUGUGCCAGGCAUGAUUUUAAAUAAAGAGGCAGGAAUGAGUUGAUGUUUAGAUGUUCACUGCACAAAUCAGGGGAGAUACAUGUAGGUAUGGCUAAAGAAGCAUGAAAAACUUAGGCCACUAAUUUUUAAGAGCUAAAGGAAUACCACUUAGAUCUUAAGCUUAAGCUUAGCACCUCUCUGAUUUGACUGAGUUUAAGCCUGAGGCAGCUGAAUUUCUUCUUAUUGAUCAUUUUACAUCAAUCAUUGUCAGUCCUGUGUAUUUGCUGUUUUUGCAUGUUGCGGUCUAAAGGGGGUCACAGUGUUCCACUAAAUUAUACAGACUGGUGAAUAUAUAAUGAGCUAAAAGUGUUGUUCCCUUGCUUAAAAUUGGAUCCCACAGCUGUAAAACAUUAUUAUCUCACCUUUGACAUCAAAUGUCGUUCAGCUAAAUAUAUGGGAAAAUAAUGUAUUUUAUAGACCCAGGUGUAACUCCGAAGUCAAGACAUACUUCUUUCAACAUUUCUUUAAAAGUCCCAUAACACAAGGAUAUUUUCAAAACCAUUCCUUCCUGUUCAGGUUAUAUAUCUGUUCUCUGGAUGCAGGCACUGGCAACAGCCAACACGCACAUUGCCCUCAGAAACAACCUUGGUUUUCUGCUUCAGAAAAGAGGGAAGAUCCUGGCAUGGCCAGAGUUGUGCACAGGCAGUCACUUCCCUCCUACACACAGGCUCCUCUUUGUCCUCAGUUGCAAUGAUUUUUAUACCACUCGUAUGUACUCCAGGCCACCAUCCUACCUGCCCACUGAGGAUGUGCCCAUCCAGCCCUGUGGUGCCAGGAGAGGGGGGCUGGUGACACCACCCUGCCACGGAGGGGACAUGACCCCAGAGGCAUGUCUUUGCAGUGGUAGCCGAGUGCUGCACAUGUUCCUGUCGGGGGCAUGGAUCAGACAGCACUGGGGUGCUGUGAGAUGGGCAGAGCCCAGAGGCUGGGUAGGUGCUGUGGACACCAGCACACACACUCAUCUUUUGGCUUUUUCCACUAUUCCCCUUUUCAGGAUGCUCGUUCUGGCAUAGAAUGUUAUCCCCAGUGAAGGAGUAGGGAGAGCAAAAUCACAAAUCUGCAGGUGAAGUUAUUUCCUAAGUUUCAUUGUCUGGUAGAGAAAUUUAGUGUGAAAAUGUCCAAAUGUUACCUAGUGACUAUUUUCAGCAGAGGACUGAAAAAGGCACUGUGAGAAAAGUCUGGUGUAAAGCUACGUUUUAUAUGUGGAAUCCUUUCCCGUGUGAAAUCCAUCCUCCUUUUCCCAUGAAAAUCACUGGGAAUUGCACCCUUGAUGUCAACAACAGCUACAGAGCAGGCCUAAAGCCAGGGAGGAAGAAGUAAAUCCCGUAAUAGCAAAAACAAUUGGGGAAUUUUUUCACAUGCAACACCUCUGAUGGGUAUAGAAGAUCAGAGGCAAAGUUCACCAAAAUCAAGGAAAUUUUCUCCAUGGCUUGAGAUGUACCGUAAGUCAUAUGGCUCUUAUUUACACUUUCUAAAUGAGAGCUUUUUCUUGGAAAAGGUUUAUUACUUGGUCUCACAGUGUGAAGCAAAGAUGGACAAGCUGCUGCAUGUUUGCAAAUCCCUUUUACAGACACAGGGCUCUGUACAGAAGAGCCACAACACAUUAUCUUAGUUCGCAAAAACCUCAGAACAAACCAGUGACCAAGCCUCUGAGGGGGUUGUCCAGGACUUGCAGCUUAAAGGUCUGAGUGUCUGAACUCAUGGCUUAAUUUCAAAUGUGAAACUUAGUUUUUAAAGUACCAGAGCAUUUGUGUCUCCCAUCGAUGUGGAGAUCAGAUAUUCUGAGGACAUGUGGAGAAAAGAUGAAUAAGGAUUUCACGACUUAGCUUUUCAACGUGAUUUUACUCCUUUGUUUGCUAUUCAGAAAAUGAACACAUACUAUCAUGAUCUGGUUUUGUGUACAGUUCAGUUGCACACCCAGAAAUCUUCUCAAAGUGUACAGAUUCUCUUUUUUUUUUUUUUUUCUGUUUUGCUACACCUAUUUAUAUGUAAACUUCCAUGUAUUCCAAUCUAC